AUGCUUCUAUGCCCCAGCAUUUCGUCGAUCAAAACUGACUCCGGGGGCUUACCUUUGGUCUUGAGUCCUCAAGGUAGCAUGCAAGAGGCGGGGGACAUGAAAAACUGGCCUGUCCUGGCCUUUGAGUCACACGUCAAGACUUUCGCUACCUCCGACGUGGUGAACACCGGCUCUGUCGCGGGCAGCGGGUCUUCGGCGGACGAUGCCUUAAACUCUCAAACCCAAGAUUCGGCGAAGCUGAACGCGGCCUCCAUGGCGGACAGCGUUCCAGUGGAGUCGCCAGACUCCUCCGUCCCGCCCCCCGCGGGAGAGAGCGACUCUGAGAAACAGACACCAAAAAUUCUCCAGCCCUCUACAGCCAUAGUCAACACUGCGUUCUCGUCCGCGGGCGCAUGGGCCGCGCAGUCCGCUGGGCCUCUCCACUUCUUGCAGCCAGUCCGUCCCCAAGCCCUGGUCGAUGCGCUUCUGCCUCAGCAGCCGCUUUGUGCUCCCAUUCUCGUUCAGAAUCUAGCCACAUGCGGAGCGGUUCAAAGCUCGCUCGCAGCAGAGACGCAUAUGCACCCGACGGCUACAGACUCCUGGCACUCACCCGUUUGCGACGAGCCGUCAGGGGCCCUUCAGAUUUCUCGCGAGCUUCCCCCGUCGGCAAAAGGAAGCGCACUCGACUUCGGCCUGCCGCUGCGGAACUUCGCCACAGUGAACGAAGUCGCAGUGGGUCCAAACAAACCUGGCGGAGCCAUGGAGCCGGCAUACGCUGAUGAAGAUGAAGACGAGCUAGGGAGCUGCGUCUACGUCUGGUCCACGAACUUUCAGCGGAACUCCGACGAAACGACCGCACAGGGGUCGCAGAGAAUUACGCUUCCGCAGCCCAACAAGUUUUCCUCGUAUCUGCGCAUUCUGUCCGUCGCAUGCGGACAGUCUCUUGCUGCAUUCAUCGCGGCGGACGGCAAAAUCUAUUGCUGGGACUGGGAUCUAACCACCGGAGACCUCCACGCCAGCAGCCCACAACUUCUGGAGGGUGGCAAUAUUGAGAAGCUGACAAUCACACAAGUGUCGUGCGGCGCAAACCACCUCGCCUGCAUUACAGACAACGGACGGGUCUUCACCUACGGGUCAAACGAACGGGGGCAGCGAGGCAUGGCGGACGACAGCUCCUCUUCUCGACUGGCUGGAGAGAUAUUUUUCUCAUCCCGGGCAAAGCAAGUGUCAUGCGGCCCCCGCUACACUCUCGUGGUGAUGGAGGAUGGUCGUCUGUACGGCAUGGGAGACGGCGAACAUGGAGUCCUCGGAAACGACACAGAUAAAGUGGUUCGGAUUCCGACCAAGAUCGACUUCCAGGACCGCCGCGUCUCCUUCGUGGCAGCAGGUGCUAACCACGCAUUAGCGAUUACAGAUCUCGGCAGCACGUACGCCUGGGGACGCAACGACUGCGGCCAACUCGGCCUCGGGCACACUGACGACCGCUGGACUCCUCAAGUGGUGUGCGAGCUGUCCGGCCACAAGACAGUCUUCGUCGCCGCCCAGGCCGCGAGCGUGGCUUUAACAAAAGAGAAGAAACUGUUUGCGUGGGGGACGACUUCCUUACUAUCUCCCACGAUGGUUUUCUCACAAGCGUUCCGAGACGUUGCCCUCGGCGAUGCUCUCUUUUGCCUGUCCGACGAAGGCGGCGAACAAUCCGUUUUAGUCACCCCUUUGUCUGAGCUUCGCUCUGCCACGUCCACGUCGAGCUGCACGCGAGUGAGCGCGUCUGGAGUCACCCAACUCUCGGCUGCUCCCGGCGUCCUCCUCGCUGUGGGCCCGCCGACAGACGACGGCGACGACUCGCAAGCGGCCAAGCAAGUCGAGGACUGCGCUGCGGCGCUCUCUUGGCCUAGUACGGCUGCAGGACCAACUGCAGGUGGGAGCGCCGAGGCCUUCCUCGGAUCGCCAGUGCGUGCUCUGAGCUCGGAGCAGCCACUCCCCCUCAAAAGCGCUCUGCGGCGAUUCUCCGAGGGCUACCACACAAGCGCGUCGCGCUCCUCCUCACUGAGUAGCGAGAGAUCCCGCAAGCGAGUAACUUUCGCGGAUACGGUCUCAAUGCUGUGCAUCGAGCAGCAGCCGCAACGCGACUCUUGCGAGGCCUCUCCCCCUGCCGCGUCGGGAGCCUCUGCCGAGCGAACGGCCAACCCCGUCAAAAACGCGUCGAAGCGCGUGGCGGCGGCUGCUUCGGCAUCCUGCGGACAGCGGCAGAAGACCGCGGACACUAAACCUCGCGCUCGUUCGGCAAGCCCUGCGCCUCGCUCCGCUGGCAAACGAGUGUCUGCCUCUGCGUCGCUUGCGUCUCGGCAGCAGAUGCCUUGCCUGCGGGCUGCGAAAGCGGCGUCGAACGCUGCGGUCGCAAACAGCGCCGGCGACGUCGAUUCCAAAGCUAGCAAAGGCAACAAGAAACAAACGCACUCCACUUCGGGGACCUCCACGGGUAAGUCGACUGCGACCUCUGAACGCCAGGGCAACGCCGAAGCCUCUUGCCACCAGGUGGAAACCAAAAGCCAACUUCGACGAUCCCUUGAGGGCGCGCUGUCUCUGCUGCACGCUGUGACUGCUAAAGCGGCAGAAUCCGGACCCAGGCCGCGGGACGCCAGCUCUGUAGUCCCUGCUACCAGUGGGCUGACGCCGACGGCAGGACAGCCGGGAUGCCCAGCGCCAACUGGCGAAUCAAAGAAAGCGGAAAAACCGGUUGCAAUGGCAGCCGACGAUGAGCUGUCGGGGGCGACCACUGCAGACGACGCCUUAACUCCCAGCGGCGGUUCGACGCCGGAGUUUGGAUGCGUCAACUCGGUCUACGUUGGCGGAAGUCCCAUGCCUUCGAACAACCCCUUGGGGUCUGCUGCGGGCGCCCCCACGGGCGCAGUGGGCGGGUUGCCCGGCUCCAGGACUGCGACUGCCGGCUGCGCGAUGGGCACUCCAGUCCCACAGCCCACCCUGGCGGGGCACGCCGGAAGCCACCUGGUUGGGCCCUUGCUCCACGGCGCUUGCAGUCAGCAGGCAGCCCUGCAGUCGCUGCGAACGCCGCUGCAGUACGAGAGUGCGGCGCUUCCGCAGGCGCCUCAAGGAGCCUCGCACACUCCAUCCGUCCCGAGUGUCCCUGAAGCUUCGCCGACGCCGGCAGCAGCGCCCCGAGUGGUCCCGACAGUGGGCGCGCAGUCAGAGCUGGAGGCCACGCAACAGCUCUCCGACGACUUGGCAUCUGCGUUCGCCCAGCCGCAGCAACGGCUCUCGGCAGUGGGGACGCCGACACCAGAUGUCCCCCCUUUCAGGCUCUCUGUGCAGCAGCCCGACGAGCAGCACAGUGUGGGCUCCCAUGCCCCCUUCGCCCCCGUGCCUCUUGGCGGACAGCUCUCAGGAAUGUUCGCUGCCAACUCGCCGACUGAGUGGAGCGAUCGGACGGGCCUCGUCCAAGGGCAGCCGGGCGCUCGGCCUUUGGCACUGGGCAACAUGGCAAACCCUUGUGGAACAACUCCAGGCUGGGCCCCGUCGCCUAACGCGCCAUUCCCGCCAAACCAGAAUUGCUUCAGUCAUGCAGAGAUGCUUUACCGCCAGCGGCAACUCGGGUCGCCCUUCCUGCCCGACCCCGACUUUGCUCGUCUGUUUGACGUCUCCGACAUGGUCAAGAAGCAGAAAGAGUUCCGCGAGAUUCGAAACGCACUGUGUGUGGCGCGGGAGGACAUGAUGGAAGCGGAGAGAGAAAAGGAAGAGCUGCGCCGAGAACUGCGAGAGGCGAAGACAGCCUUGAAAGACGCCAACGCAAAAAUCGCGAGAUCGACCGAGGCUCAAGGCAUCCUCGAAAGAGCUGUAGCGGUGCAGAAGAAGAGAAUUCAGAGUCUGCAGGACGAGCUUGACGAAGAAGCUCAGCAGAAUCACAAGGACCUCACGCAAGUGCUCCAGAAGCUGACAUUCGCAGAACAAGAGAAAACGAAAAUAGCUCUUUCUCUCGCGGCCGCGCAGGAGUCAAUCCAAAGUCUCCAGAAACAUAAGUCGACGCAGGAGAGACUGGAACGCGAAGCUGCGGCUCUGAGGCAGCAACUGAGAAACCAGAAAGAGGAACAGGCGCAGCAGAUGAAGCAGGCUGAGGAGGCGAUAGGCGAGUGGCGCGACUCUCACACAAAGCUUCAGGAGGCCUUGGAGGAGGCCGAACUCGGGCGCAAAACGGAAGUCAGCGAGCUCCAGACGGAGAUUGACCGGCUCCAAGCCCAAGCAAAGGAAAUGGAAGAGGAGACGAAGCGACUCAGGGAGCAAGCAGACGACGCCACCCAGUCGCGACUCCAGUCCGAGCGACAACGCCGAGCAGCUGCGGAGGAAAAACUGGACGAACUCGAGGUGGCAAUGAACGAGCUUGCGGCCGAUUUCGCGGCGAGCAAGCGGUCAAACACGCGGCAGAAGCGCGAGCUCGACGGCUUGGCAGAGGAGAAGAAACGCGCACUCGAGGAGAACGAAGACCUGCGAGACGAACUUCAGCGGGCAAGAGAUGAAGCAGCAAAACAAGAGACUCUUCUGGGAGAACUCCGGACCGAGAUUCGAGAGCUGCAAACAACCGUGUCUGGCGCGGAAGCAGCGAAGACGCAGCACCUUCAAGCAAUUGAGAGGCUCGAGGAGAAAGUGGAAGAACUCACCGAGGAGCUUUCAUGCUGCAAAGAGGCUCUUGCGGAUAAACAAGAUGAACUUCAGAGAAUUGGAAAGCUGCCAGCAGACUCCUCACUAGGUGCGGAAGACCACCCCUGCAGGGAAUGCAGCAGCUUGACGACCCAGUUGAACUUGGUUUCAGACCAGAGAGAUAAGAUGAACGCACAAGUUGAGGCCCUGCAAUCCGACCUCGGCGCCCACCAGAACGCGGCGCGAGAGCAGCAGGUUGCUAUCCACGAGCUUCAAAUGGAGCUGAGUCUUGUGAAGCAACGCCAAGGAAACGAGCUGAAGUCUCUUGCCGAGCAGAGAAGCCAGAUGGAGGAAAAGCUGCGAGAUGUGGAGGCGGUGAAAGAAGAACUCGAAGGGAAUCUCGCGUCGCUGCAGGAGGAAGUGGGGAGCUUGAGAAAGGACGAAGAAGAGCGGAGGAUAAAGGAGCGCGUGGUCUUAUCGCAGCUCGAUCAGCUCUUCCAAGUCCUUCGGCAUCACCGAGAUCUCGAGGCGCCCGCGAGGGCUCAGGGGGACGGCGAACCUCAAAACGGGCCUGAGGCGGCAUUCACCGAGUUCCUUGCGCUCGCAGAAGCCAAGGCAACGACGCCGUGGAGCUUCGAAGAAGUGCACUCUGUCUGCGAAAAAUGGAACAUUGCUCUCUUCGUCGAUACCGAGCUCCACAUUAUUCGGGAAAAACUGUUCGACCUGAUGCGAAAGGAGCGCGAGUUGAAGAGUCGCCUGGCUGAGGUGAAUGAAAGCCAAGAAAAGGAACUUGAGGCUCAGCAAAGGAUUGAAGAACUCGAGGCGAAGCUCCGGCGGACGCAGCAAGACGCCGAGCGAAGUGAAAAGAAGAUGCAAGAAGCUCAGCAGGCUGGAAACUGGUCGACCGCGCGUUUUCUGGAGCAGCAGAAGUACUUCGAGAUGGAGCUGGGCAUCACGAAGCGACGAUUGACCGAGUGCCGCACGGAGGUGCAUCAGCUCAGGACCCGCAACAGCGCGCUGCUCCUGGAUUUAACGAAGCAGGAAGAGCGGAUUGCGAACCUGAUCAAGCAGAACGAACGCCUGGCCGCGCGGCGCCGGCAAGUUCGUUCAGAGACUGUGGACCGCUCGCCGACGACGAGCACCACAAGCGGCUGCUCGGUCGAGCACGGAUCCUCAACGCCUGCUUUUCCCCUCAAAGGAGCCUUAGAAGAAGACGCAAGUUCCCGUCUUGCUCUCGCCGGCGAGCUCUCCUCUGCCGGGCGGCGAAGUGGGGACAGCCGCGGCGCCCGCCUCGAGCCGGCCUUCGUCCAGUGA